CACGAAAAGACGGAACAACCCCUGCGCUAACGAAUCCAUCUCUCUCUCUCUCUCUCUCUCUCUGAUAGCGGUCUUGCCCCUCCCUGUUUUCGCUCGACGCCGCCGUCCCUCUACCGCCGCUCUCUUCCCCGAAGCCGCCUUCCAUUGCUGCGCCGCCACCCUCGCCCUGCAGACGCCUCUCCCUUCACAGCUCAAACCCUCAUCCCCCACGCCCCCUCCCGAGAUCGUUCCCUGCCUCUGGAGCUGCGCAGCAAACGAUUCAUAGCCGGAGAUGUCACCAGGGACCUCGACGAAGUCACCGGAGACGUGGACCUGGGAGAACGCAGCCGCUGGAGCGACCGCCGGCUUCGCCACCGUCGCGACCUUCCACCCGCUCGACGUUGUCCGCACUCGCUUCCAAGUGAGCGGUGGGAGGGGGUUGUCCGACGUGCCGCCCUACAGGAACACGGCACACGCUGUAUACACCAUCGCACGAUCUGAGGGCCUGAGGGGACUUUAUGCCGGCUUUUAUCCUGCAGUUCUCGGAUCAACCGUUUCAUGGGGGCUAUAUUUCUUUUUUUAUAACAGGGCUAAACAAAGGUACUUGCAGGGGAAGGAUGAUCAGCUCCGCCCAUUCGACCAUCUUGUCUCAGCUGCAGAAGCAGGUGCUUUGGUUUGCUUGUUUACAAAUCCGAUAUGGCUGGUGAAAACACGAAUGCAACUACAAACACCUGGACAUACCUCACCUUAUUCUGGAUUUUCUGAUGCUCUGAGAACUAUUCUGACAGAGGAGGGAUGGCGAGCACUUUAUAGAGGGAUCGGGCCUGGACUUUUGCUGGUCACCCAUGGUGCGAUACAAUUCACGGCCUAUGAGGAACUUCGCAAGGGUAUGGUUUUUGCCAAAACUAAACAAGCAAGGGCGGACAACAGGGGCAAUGAGGAUUUAUUGGUACCAACUGAUUACAUAAUUCUGUUGAUUAUGCGGUGCUUGGGGCUGGUUCGAAAUUAUCUGCUAUUUUGCUUACCUAUCCUUAUCAGGUUAUCCGAGCACGCUUGCAGCAACGUCCUGGCAGUGAUGGUACCCCAAAGUACUCAGAUAGUUGGCAUGUAGUAAAGGAAACUGCAAGGUGAAGUUAUUGUUGUGUUCUCAUUAAAUAUUUGAAUCUAAACAAGGGUUUACCUUUUUUAUUGUCUUCUGCAAUAUGCACCCUGCAGUUGUAGGAACUUCAUGUUUUGCAGCAUACAGUAGAAGUGCUUGCUGUCUUUUUCCAAGUUUGUUCUACAGUUCAGCCCAAUGAUCAUCUAGACUUUUAUAAUCUGUACUACACCUGUUGGAGUUGAGGAUGUCCAUUUCUGCUUGUGUAACGUGGUGGGACCGCUGCAGAAGUAACCUUGUAGUGUAUUGCCACACUUGCUUGAUAGCCUUUUCUAAAUUUCAAGUUUUUGCUUGUAUGUUUGUGUUACCAUUUUGAGUGAAUAAAGCCAACUCUUGUUCUUUUGGAUCCUCAAUUUCUGUCGCAGGUACGAAGGUGCCCGUGGAUUUUACAGGGGCAUUACGUCGAACCUGCUGAAGAACCUUCCAGCAGCUUCCCUUACAUUUGUGGUGUAUGAAAAUGUUAUCAAACUAUUCAAAGCAGCGAAGGAGAAGAAAUAGAUCCCAACUACUAAUACAGGAGAGGAAAAAUAGGAAAAGAGACUAUAGUUGCAACCAAAUACUGAGCCUGUUCCCAGUCUUCGAGUUAGAAGUGACAUUCCAUCUAUUGCUGAGUUCAUGUCUCAUACUCUCAUUCAUUUAACAUCACGGAUUUUGUUCCGACGCGCUUGUUUCUACAGAGGAAAUUCAUUUACAAUUUCAUUGUGAAGCAAUACUUCACUAAUUCCUGUUGUCCAGUUGAAUGCUUCUCCUAUUGAAUACAUGUAUCGCUGGUACGUUACGGUUCAA